AUGGUGAUCUUGCGAGAGGGGCUUUGUCCUGGAUUGACAUCUGAUAUAAUUGCCACACUUAAAAGAAAUCGUGUGAAAACAGUGGUUGAUUUGGUGGCUUCAGAUUUAGAAGAACUUGCUCGGAAAUGCUCCUUAUCGUACAAGGCACUUGUGGCGGUUAGACGUGUGCUGCUUGCGCAGUACUCUUCAUUCCCCUCAAAUGGUGCAGACUUGUAUGAAGAGCUGAAGGUUUCUACAGCAAUCCUUCCCACAGGCAACAGCAAAUUGGACCUUCUAUUGGAUUCAGGUUUGUACACUGGAGAAGUCACAGAGAUUGCAGGAAUAGCAGGAUGUGGCAAAACACAGAUAUGCCAAAGCAUCGCUGUAAAUGUGGCUAGCAGCAUAAAGCAGAGAGUUUGUUAUAUAGACACCACAGGAGGCCUGACUGGCUCUCGUCUCCUGCAGUUACUACAAUCCAGGACUGAACAGGAGGAUGAACAGAUUGCAUCUCUUCAAAGGAUUGAAGUAUUUCAUGUGUUUGAUGUGUAUAAAUUAUUAGAUGUACUUCAGGAUUUGCGGCAGGGUUUGUCCCAACAGGUGGUAAGAUCAGGAGAAGCUCUGAAACUUCUAGUCAUUGACUCCGUAUGUGCUGUUAUCUACCCACUGUUAGGAGGAAAGCAGACAGAAGGAAUGGCUGCCAUGAUGCACCUGGCACGGGAACUACAAACCCUUGCUCGUGAUUAUAGCCUCGCUGUUUUUGUAUCUAACCAUGUUACCAAAGACAAUACAAGUAGGAUUCGUCCAGCCCUGGGUCGUUCAUGGAGUUUUGUGCCCAGUACUCGUAUUCUGCUCUAUAGACAGGAAGGAAACGCCCAAAGUGGAUUUCGUACAAUGUUGCUUGUAAAGUCACCUCGACAGGUAUGCUUGUCUUUUUUUAAAAUAAAUUAUGCAGUUGUAAUAUCAUGGUCAAUUGUUAUUUUUUUCUGA